AUGUCGUCGCGCGUUCCCCCGGGAAUCCCCUACCUCGCUCGCGGCUUGCUCAAGAAUCUAGUCCCACCGUCUCUCGCCGUCGUCGCGGCUCGACGUGUCCUGCACUCGUAUUUCAACGUAUUCGUUCCCACAUGGCUCUUUGUCCUGGUCCUGCUCGCGACGCCCCCCGUCGUCGUCGCCGUCCGCAUCAAUGUCCGCGCGUACCAGAAUAAACGGGAGGCGGAUAGAAUGGGCGCGGUGCUCGCCCCCAGAUACAACGGCAAGUGGAUCGGGAACUGGGACCUGACGGUCAAGCUCAUGCAGGAGUUUAAGAACGGAUAUCCUGCGGAUAGCCUGUGGACCGUCAUACGAGAAUAUGGAACCACUGUAAACAUCCGAGUCCUUUGGGUUGAUUCUAUGUUCACCAUCGAUCCGGAGGACAUCAAAAUCAUAUUGUCCACCGAUUUCACAAACUAUGUGAAAGGUGAUGCCUUCCAGAAAUGCAUGAACUCCGUUCUCGGCACUGGCGUCUUCAAUUCUGACGGUGAGUUCCACCGCUCCAUGACACGACCAUUCUUCUCCCGCGAACGCAUCUCUCACUUUGACAUCUUCGACCGGCACGCGGAAGACGCCGUCGCCCAGAUGAAGGCGCGCUUCGAAGACGGCUACGCCGUCGACUUCCAGGAUCUCGUCUCUCGCUUCACCCUCGAUUCCGCCACCGAAUUCCUCUUUGGGUCCUGCGUGCACAGCCUCUCCACCGGUCUUCCGUACCCCCACACGGUUCCGAGCGCGGCGUCUCCGGCAUCAGGCCCGCUCUCGUUCGCCGAGCAGUUCUCAAACGCAUUCUCCCGCGCACAGACCGUGAUCGCGGCGCGCGCGAGGGUCGGCAAGAAGCUGUGGCCGCUGGGAGAGAUGCGCCGGGACGAGACGCGCGCGCCGAUGCAGGUUGUCGACGCUUUCUUGGGCCCGAUUCUGAAGGACGCGCUGGCGAAGGAGCGCAGGAGGAGGGGAAUGGCGUCUGUUGAGGCCAAGGUUCAGGACAGUAGCAUUGGCGAGAUGACGGCGACCGGUGCGGAUGGCGAAGUGGAGGAGGACGCGACGCUAUUGGAUCAUCUAGUUAAAAUCACCGACGGCGAGUUGUUUCAGAUCUACAGCAACUUGGAUGUGGGGACUGACGUGCGUGCGUCUGCAGACCCGAAGGUCCUUAAAGAUGAAACCCUCAACAUCCUGCUUGCUGGUCGUGACACCACGGCAGCGACCUUGACUUUUGCAGUGUACCUCUUGUCCACACAUCCCGAGAUCUUCGCGCGCCUGCGGACCGAGGUUCUGGAAAAAGUAGGCCCGUCGCAACGGCCAUCCUACGACAAUAUUCGAGACAUGAAGUUCCUGAGGGCUGUUAUCAACGAAACGCUGCGGCUGUUCCCGCCUGUGCCAUUCAACGUUCGCGAAACUGUCAACGCGACAACCUGGCCCGCUCGCGAUGGAUCCCGGAAGCCAAUCUAUAUCCCUGCGAAGACAAGUAUCCCUUACUCGGUAUUUAUGAUGCAUCGACGGACCGAUCUAUGGGGCCCCGACGGUGAGUCUUUUGAUCCUGACCGAUUCCUCGACGAACGGCUGAAGAAAUACCUCCUUCCGAACCCAUACAUCUUCCUCCCGUUCAAUGCCGGGCCACGGAUCUGUCUAGGCCAGCAGUUCGCGCACAACGAGAUGUCGUUCAUGCUCAUCCGCUUGCUGCAGCACUUCGAUAGCAUGUCGCUGGACGGGUCUGCCCAACCGCCAGAGACGCGCCCGCCUGCGGAGUGGAAGACGAAGGAAGGGCGCUCUGCAACGGAGCAGUUUUUCCCCAAAUUGCACCUGACUAUGUACUCUCAUGGCGGGCUGUGGGUGAGGAUGCGUGAGGCGGUGUCGGCUGUAUGA